GGCUCAGAAUGGCCCUUGGGUCAGAAUCCCACAUAAGUAACCCCGUACUCGAUCUUUCCCCUAACGGGUUAUCAUUAUUCCGACCCGAUUCGGAUAAUGAUACCCGAUGACCCGAUAGAACAAUACAGAAAGCAAAAGCCCAAAAUGGAUAACCAUAAACCCUUCCAUUGAUCCAAACCAAAUGGCGUCAAUCCAUCAUCUUCUUCUACCGUGCCACCUCCAAAUUCGAAACUUUCACCCUUCAAAUCCAUGGAAGACCCAAACCCGAACCAGAUUCACAAACCCAAAUGCAGUCAAAGCCUCCACCGUCGAAUCCCCAACGCCAAAACGACGCGGCAGGAAGAAGAAGGAGAAGCCAGUGUCGUCUCCUUCCGAAACGACAACAACAACCCAGGUUCCACAAAACGACACCUCGAAACCCCAAAACGCAACACCACCGGAAGAAGAAGGAGAACUCGAAGACUACGACGACGACAUAGAUUUCCCUUACCAGGAACCUCCAUUGAUAUGCUGCUUCGGCGCAGUACGGAAGGAGUUUCUCCCUUCGGUGCGGGUGCACCAGUACCCAAUGGACCCGGACAUAUAUUCGGAGUGGAAGAUGCUGCAAUGGAAGCCGCCGGAGUUCGCACGUGCCCCCGGCGGGCCUCCGUCGAACGUGGCGGUGGCACAUGUGAGGCUCGGUGGACGCGCCGCCUUCUUGGGGAAGGUUGGUGAAGACGAGUUUGGAGAAGAACUUGUUUUGAAGAUGAACGAAGAGAAGGUUCAGACUAGGGGUGUUAAGUUUGAUUCUGGUUUUAGAACUGGUUGUACUUACAUGAAGGUUAAGUUUGAAGAUGGGAAGAUGAGAAUGGAAACUGUUAAAUAUUCUGCUGAGGAUUCUCUUCAUGGGUCUGAACUGAACCUUUCUGUUUUAAAAGAGGCUAGGAUUUUCCAUUUCAAUUCAGAAGUUCUAAUAUGCCCCUCAUUGGAAUCAACUCUAUUCAGAGCAAUUAAGUGGUCUAAGAAGUUCGGUGGCCUUGUAUUUUUUGAUUUAAAUCUGCCAUUACCUCUGUGGAGAUCGCGUGAUGAGACAAGAGAACUUAUCAGAAAAGCAUGGAAUGAAGCAAACAUCAUUGAAGUUUCAAGAUCUGAGCUAGAAUUCCUUCUAGAUGAAGAAUUUUUUGAGAGGAAGAGAAACUAUCGGCCACAGUACUAUGCUCCAAGUUAUGAAGAAACCAAAGAUCGAGGAGAGUAUUACCAUUACACUGCUGAGGAGAUCUCACCAUUGUGGCAUGGUGGACUUAAAUUCCUGUUUGUGACUGAUGGAACAAUUAGAAUUCACUACUAUACCCCUUCUUUUGAUGGGUCUGUGGUUGGAACUGAAGAUGUGCUCAUAACCCCAUAUACUUGUGAUAGGACUGGUUCGGGUGAUGCUGUUGUUGCUGCUAUUCUAAGAAAACUAACUACUUGCCCAGAAAUGUUUGAAAACCAAGAUAUUUUGGAGAGGCAACUACGUUUUGCUGUUGCAGCAGGAAUUAUAGCUCAAUGGACUAUUGGUGCAGUUAGAGGUUUACCUACUGAAAGUGCUACACAGAAUCUCAAAGAACAAGUUUAUGUGCCUUCAAUGUGGUGAUAAAAAUUGUGAGCUUAGCAGAGUCAUGAGGCAUUAGUUGGUAGUUAUUGUUUGAUUAUUUAUUUACAUCUUAUCCAUGAGUGUUUCAUCUCAAAUGUGAGCAAGCAGAAGAACACUACCAAGAUUGAACAAAUUGUUUGCUUGUUUACUUUGGCUCCAACUCAUGUCAUCUAAUAUCACUUCUAAAUGAGCAGGUGAU